AUGUUUAAAAAGAAAUAAAGUCCAAAAACGAAUGGUUGUCACCAAUUAUUUACAUAUAAAAGGACUACAUAAAUCAACACGAUCCAAUAGACUUAUAAUUAUAACACUAAUAACUAACCAUAGUAAGCUAUUUUCAUAAGUAACUUGAUGUAAAAACCACCUUACAAUUAAAUUAUAUAUAAGAAAUAGAUAGUUUGUAAGCAAUAAACUCAUUGGAAACCUUUAUAAUAAACUAUUUAAGAAAAAAAUUGUAAUUAUUAGUAUUUUUGUAAGUAUAAUUAAAUAAAAAGUUCAAAUAAUGUAAUACCUUAUGAGGAAACUACUAAAAAUGUAAAGCCUAAUUAUUAAAAUAUUAAAAAUGUAGUUCCUAAUGAUUAAAAUGCUCAAGAUUUAAUAACUAAUGAUGGAAAUGCUAAAGAUUUAAUAACUAAUGAUGGAAAUGCUAAAGAUUUAAUAACUAAUGAUGAAAAUGCUAAAGAUUUAAUAACUAAUGAUGAAAAUGCUAAAGAUUUAAUAACUAAUGAUGAAACUAUUAAUCAAAAAAUUUCCAAUGAUUUUAAUAAUAUGACAAUUAGUAAUCAAUCUUUUAAUACAUCUACUUUUAGUUCUGAAGAAUUUUGUGAAGAAACAAUUCCUUUGUCACUUAUUAUAGGCUAGGCAGGCAACGGGAAAACAUAAAUAAUGAGGAAGAUUUUUGAUGAAGAUGUAAGAAUUCAACUUUUUAAACCUAUAUUAUAAGAAUAAUUGAGAUAUUAUUUUGUUGAUACUUCAUCGUUUGAUUUUGAUUCAGAUUAUGAUUCAAGAGAAGAACAGAUUGAAAAUUAUAAGAAUUUGCUUAGAGAAUAUCCAAAUAGAGUUAGAUCAAUUUUGAUAGUAGUGAACUUUGAGAGAACAGAUUUAAUGAAAAAAAAAGUCAUAAAUAUUAAUAAAUACUUUUCAAAAUUUAAAAACUUGUUUACUCUCGUAAUAACUAAGUUUAAUUUGAGUGAAGAUAUUUAAAGAGAUAAGGAACAACUAAAGCAAAGUUUUAAAUUUUUGUAAGCCUAAAACAUUAUAUUUGUUGGUGAUGAUACAAAAAAAUAAAAAUUAUUGAAAGAUUUAAGAGCAAAGAGUUUACCGCGUUUAGAGGAUGGUUACGAAUUUAAUUCAGUUGACACGUUAUUUGAAGAGGAAGAUGAAGAAGAAUUAAAAAAAUUAUAGAAUGACUUACUAAAGAAAUUUAAUUGA